CGUAUAUAUCGUCAGCUAGCCGGUCGGAGCUCAUUUUUCACGGACUGCCGAUUUUCCCGGCAACUGAAGCGUGCCCGACGCCGGUAUCCGCGCCGUCCGCUCGGGUUUGUCGUCGAGAAUCAACGGCGGAUCGGUUAGUCCGCGGCUGUUCGUUGCGCCGUUCGUUCACUCUUGCUGUCGACUGACUCACCGUCCCGCGGCUGCACUUGGACAGGCAGACCCACGCACAGGCAGACACACGUAGCCACGCACCCUGGCGUGCGGUCACCGCGGCCGCUGACAAGUUCAGGGUCCCAUCCCGAGGGUGACGAGAGGUCGGAGUACGCGACAGCGUAGGAGGUAUGUCGGGAAUAGCGUGACAGCCGAGAGCUCGUUUCCUGUGAGCCCGACACGAUCCCGGGUGAGAGGGAAGAGCGCUCAUCGACGUUGCGUUCGGAUGUCUCUGCGAUUCGAGGAAACGCUCGCCGGGUGCUCCGUGACUCGGACGGCCCGCCAGCGCGCCGAGAGUAGCUCGACGAUGUAAUAAAAGCCCAGGUGAAUCAGCGAGAGACAGCGAGAGACAGCGAGAGAGAGAGAGAGAGAGAGAGAAAGAGAGAGACAGAGAGAGAAAGAGAGCGAGAGGGCGUGGACGUAAGCGCGAGCAGAUUCCGUCAGUGGAUUUCCGGCGUGAGCCCGUUCUUCAUGAACGCGAGGAAAGAUGCUGUCGAGAGUUAGCCUGGUCGCGAUUCUGCUGGCCCUCAACUGUCUGAUCCGCGCGGUCGAGUGCACGAGGUCGCCGCCGCGGGAGAAACGCCACGAGACCGAGGGAGACGUCGCGCCCGCCAGGCGGCUCCUCAGGUACACGCGUGGCAAUGUCACGUCGGAAGGCCCACCCCCUCUCACCUCGCCUGACAACGUCGCCAAAGACAAGCUGGCCGAGGUGGACUUUGGGGAUGCGCAUUCCAAGAUCGGUGUCGCGAAGGAAAAAGAUCGACCACGAGACCGGAAAAAGCGGAUGGACCGCACGAUGAUGGCGUUGCUGAUGGCGUACAAGCUGAAAUUCAUCGCCCUGAUACCAACCAUGAUCGGCGGCCUGAUCCUCUUGAAGGGCACGACGCUGCUCGCGGGAUUCUUCUUCGCCCUGUUCGCCGCCGUCCUCGGCCUGAAAGUGCACUGACAACGUGAUCUGAGGUCUGUCCUUUGUAACCGAACUGCUGCGCAUUUUCGAAACUUAAAGAGAAACAAGCAUAUAGCCGUGACACUUGAUGUAAAAAAGACAGAGAAUUAGUGCAAGCUGAUGCAGCCAGUUCAGCUACAAAGAACAGACCGCUGGAUUUGCGGGGGAAAGAGAGAAAGAGAGGGGGAGGGCGGAGGAAGAAACAAAUCGAGAGAUACACGAAGAAGUGUGAGGAUGACGUGAUGACUUUAUUUCGUAAUAAUUUAAAAUCUUAGACUAAUGUAAUUGUAUCGUCGUUUUAUCACCGACAAAAUACGGAGUAAGCCUGCGUGUGCACCAAGGCCGAAUUUAUAAUCGCUUCUCGGGUCGAACGUGCACGCGUUCGCGCACGCCGUCUCGUAAUACACGUAUGCCGCGUCGCCGUGCGCGCGUACCCUCGAACGGUGCGCGUCAGGUUGAAGUACUCUUCGUCAACGUCCGCAGGGUAAGAUGAUGGCCGCUUGCGCACGACGAACGUGAUCCGCGCGGAUCCCCCAUUAUCAUGAUCAUUACGAAAUGAACGUUGCGUCUUAGAAUGUAACAUAUGAGUUAUACGUAUAUGAGUUAUUAAUUAAUAAAUGUUGACAGUGGAUGGAAUUAGUAACCUCUUAUUCGCUAGUGUCCAACGUCUCUCGAAUGGCGGUCCCUAUCUGUCUUUGUUUCUGUGGUUCUUUCUUGCGUUCUUGUCGCUUUAAGUCGUCGUUCUUACACUGAGAAAAAAAUACCUAAAAAUUUAUUGGGCCAUAAAGUUUAAUUUAGGAUAAAGUUCUGAAAAUUUAUGUAGGAUAAAGUUCUGAAAAUUAAAGUUUAUUUGUAAUAAAUUUAUUCCACAAUU